AUAUAUGCGUGAGAGGAAGGACCAGAAGGAGGCUGUUGAAGUCCACUUGCUGCCUGAUACUGCUGACGCUGAAGAAAGAAGAAGCUGAGAUGAAGACUUUGGCCGUCCUGCUUCUCUGCUCGCUGGCCGUCAUCUGUCUGACUUCCGAUGCCGCCACCGCCUCCCAGCCAGACAGCCCCGCUCAGGAGGGUUUGUUUGUGGAGAGGCAGCAGGCCUCGGCUGUGGCGAGGCAGAGGAGGGCUGCUGGACAGUUGUCCCUGACGCAGCUGGAGAGCCUGACAGAAGUGUGUGAGGCCAACCUGGCUUGUGAGGACAUGAUGGACACGCAUGGGAUCAUCGCCGCGUACACCGCCUACUACGGGCCGGUCCCCUACUAGCAGCCGGAAACAUGACAACGGCUCCACCCCAAGAGAGAUAUGAGCUAACAAGCCUCCAAAAAGUGGGCCAGUGGGUCCACAUUAUUAACCUGAUUUAAAAAGUCAGACAUUUGUGGAUACAAAAGCAAACAGUGAAAAAAGGGGUAAUAUGUGCAUGGGGAUUUAUUUGGAAGCUUAGACACAAAACUUGUGUCUAUGAUUCUAUAAUCACUGUUAGCCUGUAGAGUAGUUUGAUGAUACUAAAUAAAGACAAAUAAACGUC